AUGUCUGCGGUCGACAAGCUGCGAGUCUACCUAUCCGCAGUUUGUGCCAUCAUGACGUACGCAACUCGAACGGGAAUCAGGGCGGACGGACAACCGAUCGAACUCAUGGAUGAGUUUUGUUGUCGAGUGUUGUUAUCGGAGACUUGGACAGCACCAUCGACGAUGAAGGAGAAGCUUGAUUGUAUGGAGCGGAAGCUUCUUAGACAGCUGGUCGGCUACUUGUGGCCCAGGGUAUGCCACAAUGAAGAUCUUCAUGCGGAAAUCGAUAUAGUGUACCGGCGGAUGUCAGGUGGAAGGUAUCAAUGUCCUGCACCGCCAUCGAAAGUAAAUGGCUACAGUAAAUCGUCCUCGAUCCUUGUACAAUCAUCAGACCGCCCUUUUCAACGUGAUCCGAUUAUUCUCCCGGGUUCAAGCUAUAAGAAGCCACGAGGCCUCUUCCAUCGGAAAGGGAAGUUCUGGACUGAGGUGGUGUAA